AUGAGACUACAGAAACAAGCACUUCAGGGUGUGGUGAGAGGUUCUCUGAUUCUUGAAAUGGGUGCAUUAUCAAAAAUGACUGGUGACCCCAUAUACGAAUCAGUAGCUUUACGAGCUCUUCGCAAGCUAUGGAGUAUGCAGAGCUCAUUAAAGUUAUUUGGAACCACGCUGGACGUGGAAACUGGGCAAUGGAUUGAAUAUUCUUCAGGAAUUGGAGCUGGGGUUGAUUCCUUCUACGAGUACCUACUUAAAGCCCAUAUCCUUUUUGGAAAGGAGGACUUUUGGAAAAUGUUCCAUUCUGCUUAUGUUGCUGUGCAGAAAUAUUUCAGACAUGGUCCUUGGUACCAUGAAGCUGAUAUGAGAACAGGAAAAGCAACUUAUUGGCAGCUUACAAGCCUUCAAGCAUUUUGGCCUGGCCUACAGGUUCUUAUUGGGGACGUUAGUGCUGCUAAUUCAUCUCACCGGGAAUUCUUCCAUGUGUGGAAGAGAUACGGAGUGCUACCAGAGAGGUAUUUGCUGGACCACCAGAUGAUUCAUCCUACUGAAAAAUAUUAUCCCUUACGUCCUGAAUUGGCUGAGUCAACAUUCUACUUGUAUCAAGCUACUAAAGAUCCAUGGUAUAUUGAAGUCGGUGAAUCCAUCGUCAAUUCCCUUAAUUUAUACACCAAAGUUGAAGGUGGAUUUGCAAGCAUUAAGGAUGUGACAACUAUGCAGUUGGAAGAUCACCAGCAUAGUUUUUUUCUUGCUGAAACGUGCAAAUAUUUAUAUCUUCUAUUUGACGAUUCAUUUGUACAUGAGAAUAAUUACAUAUUUACCACCGAAGGUCAUCCUCUUCCAGUACUCGGCACUUGGCAUGAAGAGCUUCCUGAAGCUUAUGUUCCAACUAAUUGGACUUUUGUGAAGAGGCAACCAAGAGUGAGUCGAAUCAGUGCAAUGUCUCUGCAAGUAUGUCCUGCUCUGAAUUUAAAGUCAGGUCAACAUAUUGAGAGUGCUUGCCACAUCCCCGAUGCUCGUAGUGACUUCAGGUGUUUGACUGAUGAAGAUUGUGGAGUUGAUGCCACUACAUGCAGACGAAGAUCAUGUAGCAUGGCUGGUUAUUGUGGGUUAUGGCUCAUCAUAUGA